AUGAACAAAGCAUUUGGAUUAAGCCAUCAGCCAGCAGAAAAAGCUUAUUUAGAAGCCUUAGCCGAAGCGUAUAAAACCGCAGAUAGCUGGGAUACUCGGCGCCAAGUCUUAUCUACCAUGUCCGAUACGGCUAAUUUUAAUGUCAUUUCAGAAUAUAUUCCUGGUCUCACACACUACCGUUUUACUAUGGCUAAUCUUCGUCGACUUCAGUAUGGAAGGUGCGUUCCAGUUCCAUUAAAGACAUCGCCUUGUCUUUGUAUAUGUCAGCAACAGCUUGACCAUUUUCUGAGCUUUAUAACAAGCCCCCAUUUAGUGCAAGACUUGCCGUUUGGCGAAAAAGAAUUGAAGAUGUCCUCAGGUAAAACAAUUAAAGUACCGAACAUCAUCCGCACCAUGAUACCUCAAAGAAUUGUGAACCAAUACUCUCAGUACUGCAAAGAAAACAAUUUUCAAUCUUUCAGUAAUACUAGACGAAUGUAGUGCAACCCAUCGUAAAUCUCUUCAAGGUCUCGACAGCGAUCCUUUAAUGACUUGGGCACCGUUGUGCUGACUAUCUCACCUUUAAAGAAAGAUGGCGAAAAUUGGGCAGCAGAAAUGCAAGAGGCUUUGAAAGUGGGAAAGCUUUAUCUAAAAGGAGAUUACAAGGUAACAAACCAAUUAAACAAGGCAAAAUCAUUAAAUAUGUUCUUCGUAUUUAUAUAUUUUACAAACCUGGUAUGAAAUUUAUUACAUUAAUAUUAAUAUUAUAUCUCAACAUAAUUUUUCCUGAAUGCAGUAGGCACUCUACAGUACAGUAGAGUACAUUGUCGGGCAUUUGCUUUAUGUGCCAUGUUUUAGUUCUCAUUUUUGCAUUCUAUUUUAAGGUGCAUGUCAGUGACAACGCUUGUGUCCCUGACCAUUGCUAUAUGUAUGUGUUAAGCGACAUCACAGAUAAAGAUUUCAAAUACAAGUGCAAACAUAAACAUGACGAAAGGUGUGAGCAGUGUGAAAGUCUUGACUUAACGCUAAAGAACAUAGAACAAGCAAUCGAGGAAGAAAGAGACGAAACCCUGUAUCUAUUCACAUCUGCAGUGAGAGCCAUCAACUUGUGGAAAGGCCAUCAACUUCGGAGUGUUCAACAAGACCAAGCCAGACUAGACGUGAUUAAUCUCCUAAAAGACGAGAAGACAGUGUACAUAGUGAAUGACUGGGCAAUGAAGUUCCUUCCCCAUCAAUACCGCGAAUCACAGUCAGAUUGGUUUGGGAAAAAUGGAAUCUCCUGGCAUAUCUCUGUCGUUUUUCGAAAAUCGAAUGGCCAAUUAGAGUCUCAAAGCUUCAUUCAUAUCAUUGAAUCUUGUAGCCAGGACAGUGCUGCCAUUGUGUUAAUCAUGCAGCAUGUCCUAAAGACCUUGGAAACCGAGAAUCCGAAAUUGAAGAGAGCAUUUUUCCGCCAAGACAAUGCCGGAUGUUAUCACUCAGCCAGCACAAUUCUUGCAUGCCAUCACAUCGCCAAGACAACAUUGACCGUCUUGCCGCUACUUGCAAGUGUCAUAUCAGAUUGUUUGUAA